AUGGAAUCAACUAAUAGCAACCCAGUUAGCUGGGGAGAAUUCAAUUUUGAUGCAUCCAAAGAGUAAAAUGCAGAUGCCAAGGUUAUAGUCAAUACAGAUACGAAUUCAUAGACAGCUGAUUCCUCGGCUUAAAAGAAGCCAUAUUAGGGCAAGAAAGGAAAAGGACAAUCAAAAUUUGAGAAACUCUAGGAGUAAGUAGAUGAAGAAGUAAGGGCUAAAUGGGAAUUAGAACAGAAUACCUUAAAAUUACAACUUAUUGAACAAGACACUUUUGAUUGGAAACUUGAAAAAGACCCCACUAAAUCUACACUUAGGUAUGUUGGUGCCAUUGACAUCAGUUACUCAAAGAAUGAUGACAGGAAAGCUGUGGCUGCUCUUAUUGUAUGUGAAUUUCCUUCCAUGAAAGUCUUAUAUGAAGAUUUUGAACAGGAAACUGCUGAUUAUCCAUAUAUUCCUGGAUUCCUGGCAUUUAAAGAAGUACCAGUCUACACUAUUUUAUUCAAUAGAUUAAAGUCAAAUCAGCCAGAGUUAUGGCCAGAUGUAUUACUUGUAGAUGGCAAUGGUAUCUUGCAUAAUAGAGGCUUCGGAUGUGCAUCACACGUAGGAGUUUUGUUUGAUGUUCCAUCUAUAGGUGUAGGUAAAACUGUUUUUGCUGUAGACGGCUUGACCCAACUUGGUGUAAAAGAAUUGUGCGAUAAGUACUUGUAAAAGGGAGGCGACUUGAUUGAGUUAGUUGGUAAAAGCUCUAAGGUCUGGGGAGCUGCUCUAAGAAGUACUAAUGACAGCAAAAAUCCAAUUAUCAUAUCUGUUGGACAUAGAAUUAGUCUUGAAACUAGCAUAAAAGUUGUAAAGUCAUGCAUCUACAAAUUCAGAAUUCCAGAACCAAUUAGAUGUGCAGACCUCAAAUCUAGAUCUCUAGUCAAGAAAUACUACGAUAGCUGA